GCGCUAGGGCAGAGUCCGCUAGUGGUAUAGAGAGCUCAGCUGACAUUUGGAUUCAGUACGAGUUGAAGGUGACAAACCCCUCUUCUUCGGCAUCCUGAAAUUGGCUGGCUGUCACUACUGUUCGCUCUCAGCACAUCUUAGAAGCUAACUAGCUACAUUCGAUCAUGUCAGUGUUCACCGAGGUUCCACAAGCCGUACCGGUGGCAGUCUUUAAAUUGACUGCAGAUUUCAGAGAGGAUAAGGACCCAAACAAGGUGAACCUUGGAGUGGGAGCCUACAGGACAGAUGACAGCCAGCCGUGGGUGUUGCCAGUGGUGAAGAAGGUGGAGAGGAUUAUUGUGGAGGACCACACCCUGAACCAUGAGUAUCUGCCAAUCCUGGGACUCCCAGAAUUCCGCUCCAGCGCCUCCAAGAUUGCCCUAGGAGACGACAGCCCAGCCAUCCAGCAAAACAGGGUUGGAGGUGUGCAGUGUCUGGGUGGGACUGGAGCUCUAAAGAUUGGGGCUGAGUUUCUGCGCCGCUGGUACAACGGCAUCAAUAACACGUCCACACCGGUCUAUGUCUCCGCACCAACCUGGGAAAAUCACAAUGCUGUUUUUGCUGAUGCCGGGUUCAAGGACGUCCGCCCAUACAAGUACUGGGAUGCAGAGAAUCGUGGGCUGGAUCUGGCUGGUUUCCUGGGAGACCUUGAGAGCGCUCCUGAACAUUCCAUCUUCGUACUCCAUGCCUGCGCACACAACCCGACAGGCACUGACCCCACCCAGGGGGAGUGGAUGCAGAUCGCGGAUGUUAUGAAGCGGAGGAAGCUCUUUGUCUUUUUCGACUCGGCCUAUCAGGGCUUUGCCUCCGGGAGCCUGGAGAAGGAUGCCUGGGCUGUGCGCUACUUUGUGUCCCUGGGCUUUGAGCUCUUCUGCGCCCAGUCCUUCUCCAAGAACUUCGGCCUGUACAAUGAGAGGGUGGGGAACCUCACCGUUGUUGCCAAGGACAAUGACAACCUGACCCGGAUCUUGUCCCAGAUGGAGAAGAUCGUGCGGACAACUUGGUCCAACCCCCCGUCCCAGGGGGCCCGCCUAGUCGCCAUCACCCUCAAUACCCCCAAGCUCUUUGAAGAGUGGAAGGACAAUGUGAAGACGAUGGCGGACAGGGUCCUGCUCAUGAGAGCUCAGCUGAAGGCCAAACUUCAGGCCCUUGGCACGCCUGGCACCUGGGAGCACAUCACCCAACAGAUCGGCAUGUUCAGCUUCACCGGCCUCAACCCCAAACAGGUGGAAUAUCUUGUGAAGGAGAAGCACGUCUACCUGAUGGCUAGCGGUCGUAUCAACAUGUGUGGUGUGACCACCAAGAAUAUCGACUACGUUGCGGAGUCCAUCCAUGAGGCUGUGACACAGGUCCAGUAAGGGCCCGCCCAUCGAACCCAACAUCUCCAUCCGAGCAGCAGUUGAGCAUGGCAUGCAGCAGGGGGCGCUGCUAGGCCUUUCAUCUCCUGAGUCGUCUCACCCCUCCGGCACAACCAGCACAUGCUGCUGGGAUAAUUUAGAUGCGUAGUAGUUCAAAACAAAAUUAGUAUAUCUUCUUCUUCCUGUGGAGUAUUUGUACUUGUGUGAGCAAUAUAAUGGCCUGUAGUUUGUUGUCAUAAGGUGAGCACUUACAUUAUGGUAUUCCUUUCACUAGGUGAUUUUUUCCACAGAACCACAUACUCAAUCAUUUUUGCAGUUUGGGUGUUGCUGGACUGGUAGAUCUGAAAACAAGCAGACGUGUUUUUAACAUGUACUCAUUUCUGAGCAUAUGGUCCUCCAUUUUAGCCUUUAAUAUCGGUUUUCCUUUCUUUCCUUAAUGGAUUAUCUGUUUUAGCAACAUGACAUUAAAACUGCAUAUACAAACUGAGGCCAGCUAAUUAGUCUGCAAAUACACCAUGCACAAUUGAAGGCUACCUAAGCUGACAUGAAAACUGCAUACCAUUUGUCAAUACCAACUGGACAAAUGGGGGUUGUUUAAUGCUUGGACAUUUAAAAGAGAUCAGAUUUUCAGUAUGUACAACAUACAAGUCUUAUGCCUCCUAUGACUUUAAUUGCUUAACCUUGUAAUCAUGAAGAUAGGAAUAUGUGUCAUCUUAUAGUUGUCAGACAGUAGAAGGCUGUACAAAUUAUUACAAUAUGCACUUUACACAGUGGGCAUUCUAUUGAGAUAUUAGUCUUACCCAUAAUUACUUGAAACCAUUGUUUUAUCCACAAAGACUUGAAGUUAUCUCAAGAUGUGUUUUGUGAAGUUUGAGUAGGAUCAUUUAAACCCAUUUCCCACUGUCUGAAUGUCAUAAACUUGCUCUGGUUUUUGAUGCACAAAAGGUUCCUGUGUCACCAUGUCUUAAUGCAUGAACACUGAAAAAUUAUUUUUAUGGCCACUGACUAUACUAUACACUGACUGAUUCAUUUUUAACUGUCACCUUCCUGUGUCAUUAUGCACCUUGCUGUGUUUGUGAAGACUUUGUUUCAGAUUUGUUCAUGUGUUGAAUGUCUAUGCCUAAUACAAUCUCAUUCUAUUUUAAGUUUGUAAGUAAUGUGGAAUAAAUUAAGCGGAAAAAUAAAUUAUAAAUGGACACAG